UAUGACAUACGACAUAAUCCGAUGUCUUGUGACUGCAACUUAGCAGAGCCUUUGGUUUUCUUUCGACCACUUUUAGCGUUCGAUCAGAAUUUGUAUGAUGUCAAAUGUGAAAGCCCAAAAGCACUGAUGAGUCGGCAAAUGCGAAGCUUUUUUGAAGGGAACAGUAUAAAAGAGCUUGUUUGUAACUACACAGGAAAUGGGCUUUGUCCUUCACACUGCACAUGCGUCACAGAGCCGAGAUAUUUCAGCAAACAUCAAGGAAGAGUCAUUUUUGCUACUAUCAUUAAUUGUACCCAUUCAUCUCUACAGCGUUUACCACAUAUUUUACCAGAAAGUGACGAAAUUGAGUUUUAUUUUACCGGACGUAGCAUCAAGAACCUUCUGAACGAACACUAUUUACCUCGGGUGACGGUUUUAAAACUGCAGUCAAUGCCUUAUUUUGCAAAAACUGCAUUACAGAACCUUAAGAGUUUAAAACAAAUGUAUUUACCGAGGAAGGCACAGAUUAAUGGAAUACCAAAAGAAUUGUCCUUUCUUCAUCCCUGUGUGUUUCUUCAAGAAGACAAUUUUGUUAUGAAUUGUACCUGUUCUCUUAAGUGGAUGAUUGAAUGGUUGUCAUUGGCUGCGUCUGAAAAAUGUCGAAACAAUUUUGAAUUUCAGUGUUUGGGGGGCAAUAACAUUGAAACUGCAAGUGCAUAUCUACAAAACAUGAAUUGCAUUAGCCCCACUUAUAGAUCAAUCUAUGUGGCUAUAACCUCGAUGUUUCUUGCAGCUCUCGUUUUCGUAUGUUGUAUUGUUGCAAUCUGCAAAUGGAAAUGUGAAAUUCGAAUAUUAUUUAGAGAAUCAAAAUUGGGAAAAUUGAUGAGGUUACGAACAGCUUUGGACCAGGACCGGGUUGUUUUUAUUUCAUUUGAUGGAUCAAAUCAGUAUCUCCACUCAUUUAUAUUCUCGAAAUUGGAGCCUUUUUUGGUCACAAACGGGUUCCAUGUUUUCAUACCACCACGUGACUUAGCCUUAGGGAGCAUACGAAGUGAAGAAGCUGCAUGGCAGAUUUCCGUUUCCAGAUACUACAUAACGUUCCUCUCUUUAGGUUAUUUGGAUGAAGACGUGUUCGAAACACGAAGCGAGGGGAAAUGUAUCUGGAAUGGCUACUUGUCAGAUAAUAGAAAGGAAUUGUUGAUACUGAAUUACGACCUGCUGAAACUAUCAGAUGUGCCAUGCAGUAAAAUGAGAGCAGUCUUGCGAGCUGGAAAUGUCGUAGACUUUGAUGCAGGGGAAAAUACAAUAUUAUCUAAGAUAUUUAAAACCUUUAUUUAAUAGUCAUAUGUUUUUAAAAAUAUACUUAAGUGGAUAUUACAUUACAUUGUUGCUGUAGAGCAUGGCCAUAGUACAUGUAUUUUAUUUCGGUAGGACACAAAUGAAGGAUCAUUAAAUUUAAAAAGCAAGUUAAAUUUUUGGUAAUGUUAAGAAAAUAAACUC